GCAAAAAUUCGUGCCCCACAUGCCCUGGUGAUGACUUUCCUGUUCAAGAGUGGAAGUUUAAGAGAGAAAUUGAAAUCGAUUGCUCAGGCUACGUACACUCAUUCCCGGAACUUGGCGUAUUUUGUGUUCACCUACAAGGGGCUGAUGGCGUUGCAGUCCCAACUACAGGGGAAAAAAAUUCCAUUUCAUUCUUUCUUUGCAGCCUGCAUUGGAGGUUGGCUAGUGUUCGGUGAGAACAAUGCCAUCAACAGCCAGAUUAUUAUGUACCUGCUGUCUCGUAUCCUGUUCGGCUUGUCUCGGCUGGCAGUGGAAAAGGGCUAUGUCCCACAGCCAAAGCAGGAUCCCUUUCCACUUGUCGCUGCUCUGAUAUGGGGAACAGUUCUCUGGCUCUUUGAAUACCACCGGCAAACCCUGCAGCCUUCUCUGCAGUCCUCCAUGACCUACCUGUAUGAUGACAGUAACGUAUGGCAUGACAUUUCUGACUUUCUCAUUUAUAACAGAAGGACAGACAGCAAGUAAAACGCCUUUGAAUGGGAACACCUUCCAGCAGCUAAGGGAAAAGGUGAUUCUGUUGCUCUUGACCGAUGAUUUUUUUAAAUUAACAUCUAUCAAGUACGGUUGCUUCUUGUGUCCUGGCCAAAAAUGCUCUGAUUAGUCUUCUCUUGGCUUUGUUUAGAGCAAGUAAACACCCCACAGAAACUUGUUGGAGUCCUCAGUGAGCGUAAAAUGCCUGGGGGGAAUCUUGA